AUGUCAGAGCGACCCCUCCCAGGAGGUUUGGUGGGACCCACGUUUAGCUGUCUUCUCGCCCAUCAGUUCUCCGCCAUCAAGAAAGGGGACAGGUUCUGGUUUGAACUCGAUCGUCCUCAUACUCGCUUUUCUCCUGCCCAACUCCAGGAGAUCCGGAGAAGCAGUCUGUCUCGUAUCAUCUGCGACAACACUAACACCUUUCACGUGCAGAGAGACGCCUUUAAACCCGUAUCUCGAAGAAAUCCCCGUGUGCCUUGCUUCCAUAUCCCCAAGCUUGACCUCACAAAAUGGCAGGACCCAAAUGGCGGCUUGCCAGGACAUGGCAUGUUGCCCAGAUGCCUUGUUGGGGGCCAUCCCUUCCCACUACAGAAGAUGUGUGUACCCUGGGGUCGCGGCUGCUGGGGGUCGGGCAAGCUCUGGAAACCGUGUCCCCGUCCAUCCAUUUUAGGAUGAAUGUUCUUGAGUGCGUAUGCGAUUAACAACAUGCCGCAUUAAGCAUAAUGAAUAAACAAAACAAG